UUUUGGACUCUCAUAGAGGCUGCUCAAAGGUAUAAAGAUAAAGACUCCGAGAAGAAGUCGAACCCAUAAAAGUUGAAAACCUAACUAUCGAGGUUACUCUGAACUUGUAUUGAAGAUCUUUCUGCUACUGUGUAUGUUAUUAGAUUUUUAUCAGUCUACUACGUUAAUAUGGAUCCAGAGGCUUCAAGAAAUGCUCGAGAAUCGUUGGAACUAGCUUUUCAAAUGUCGAACAUUCUAGAAACAGGGUUGGAUCGCCACACACUUUCAGUCCUCGUUGCUCUUUGUGAAAAGGGUUUGAAUCCUGAGUCACUUGCUGCACUUGUCAAGGAGCUCAGAAGGGAACCACAAACUAAUUCUACUACAUCUACGGUUCCUACUCUUCCCUGAUCAGGUUACGGUUCAUAACUGGUCUGCAGAAAAUCAAAGUUAGUUUUGAAGAUUGUGCAGUGGAGCUACGGAUGAGAGAAUACAAUUGCCCAGACUAUGUGCCAUUUAGUUUCCCAUAUAUAUUCUCCUGUUAUCAGUUUCUGUCUAACAGCAUAAUGAGCAUAACUAUCAAUUGACUUACACUUGCUAUUUGCUGUUUCAGGAAGAGGAUCGACCAGUUGGCAUGGCCGUGUGUAGUGUGCACUGGAUAGAAUCAAUUCACCAUUCUCAAUCUUCACCGUGUACAUAUUUUGUUGUUUGCCUGCUGCUCUAGUGUUGUUAGAACAGAGAGCUUCAAGAUGGAGUUUAACAAAAGCGUCCAAGUACAACAUUUUCUUGUAAUUCUUUUCUCUUAAUUUGAAAAGAUUUAAGAUACUGCUAUGAAGAAAAUAGAAGGGUGUGCCUGCUGCCCUUGCUCUGA